CUUCACAAAGCUUAGCAUCUAAACCAAUUCCUCUCCUUAGCCACCAAGAAACCCAUAACUCUACAUAAAACACUAGCAAGCUUCUCCAUUCUCAGUUUCAUCUUCCAUUUUCACCUGCCACCAAAACACAAGAACCUGUUAUACAAAAACUCAUUUCAAAAAACAGAUUUUGUUGAGAUAUGAGUGCAGACUGGGGACCUGUGAUUGUAGCAGUGGCUCUGUUCAUCCUACUCUCACCAGGAUUGCUAUUUCAGCUACCGGCAAGGACAAGAGUGAUGGAAUUCGGGAACAUGAGCACAAGCGGGAUUUCGAUUUUGGUCCACGCCAUUAUUUACUUCUGUAUACUCACUAUCUUGAUCAUUGCCAUACAAAUUCACAUCCAUUUCUGAUCAUGUAGUGUAACAAAGACAGCUUCUUUGGACUCAACUUCGCCUUCAUCUAUUUUUUCUUUUCUUUUUAUUCCUAAUCUCUGAUUCUUGGCUCAUAGGGUCUCAAGCAGGGUGAUUUAAAAAGGUUGUACACAAAUAAAUAAUCGGUAAUUUUGUUUUCCACAAUUCAAAUGAGAUAACAAUAUCCUCUGAUCUCUCGUAGCUUCAGCAUGUAAUAACGUAACAUAAAGCAUCUUCAUUUAGUUACAAAUUUGGUUUGUUCCCACAUUUUUCACUAAUCUCUGCUUCUUUGCUGAUAUGGUUUCAAGGUAAAUAUUGUAUAGACAACUAAAAAUAUGUGAUUUUGUAUUUCACAAUUCAAUAGCAA